UUGUAUUAUGUUCUUUCAGACUAAUGGCGAUUUAAAAAAGGAAAGGCGACAAUUUCUCACUCAGUUCUUCUCACCCAUCUUUCUAAAGGCAUUUUCCAUUACUUUCUUUGGUGAAUGGGGUGACAAAAGUCAGAUAGCUACCAUCGGCUUGGCCGCAGAUGAGAACCCACUUGGUGUUGUCCUUGGUGGAAUCUUAGGACAAGCAUUUUGCACUACUGCUGCUGUCCUGGGAGGAAAGAGCUUGGCAUCUCAGAUAUCUGAGAAAAUUGUAAUUAACAAAAUUUUCUUUUUUGUUGUAUCACAUUCGAUGUCCUUUUUGUUAAAUUAGCUGUAACCAUGUAGUCUUGAUUCUGAUGUAGGUUGCACUCCCAGGUUGCACUUUCUCUACUCUUUAGAAUUUGAUAAGAUAGUAUUGUCUUGAAUCAUGUAAUUUGAGAAGUGACAGAAUGGUGUUUU